AUGAAGUGUCUUGAGAUUAAUCCAAACUUUGAGAUGGGUUAACAUAGGAUCAGUAAUGAGAUAAAUAUAAAUGUUUAGACACAAUUAUGAGAGAUUUGAAAUAAAAGGAUGAUGAUCUCUGGUAUUAAAAUUAAGCUUAAGAAAAAAAUGAAAAUAGUUAUUAUUUAUUUAUGUGUAGAGGUUAUAGAAAAGCUAUUUUUUAAGGUUUAUAUUAUGGGAGGAAAAAAAUGUUUGAUUUAGCACUUAGAGAUUUCAAUUAAGCUAUCUAUAAUAAUCCUAAAUAUAUUUUUGCAUAUUGUUAUAGAGGUAAAUACAAUUACAAUUAAUAUAAUAGGCAAAAUAUAUGAAAAAAUGGGUGACAAGGAUAAAGCAUUAAAUGACUAUAAUAAUGGAAUUCAACUUGAUCCAAAUUUUCCAGCAGCCUAUAAUAACAGAGGUGAAUACUAUUACACUUAAUUUAUAAGGAAAUUUAUACUUACAACUUGGUGACCAAGAUAAAGCAUUAAAUGACUUUAAUCAAGCAAUCAAACUUGAUCCAAAUGAUACAACAGCCUACUUUCUAAGAGGUGAAUACUAUUUUACUUAUGAUAUUAGGCACUUUGUAUUACGAUAUUGGCGACAAAGAUAAGGCAUUAAAUGACUUUAAUCAAGCAAUCAAACUUGAUCCAAAUGAUGCAACAUCCUAUAAUAAUAGAGGUGAAUACUAUUACACUUAAUUUAUAAGGCUAUAUAUAUCAAGAUAUUGGCGACAACGAAAAAGCAUUAAAUGACCUUAAUCAAGCAAUCAAACUUGAUCCAAAUGAUGCAACAUCCUAUUUUCAAAGAGGUGAAUACCAUUGCACUUAAUAUAUUAGGCACUUUAUAUUAAAAUAUUGGAGUCUAUGAUGAAGCAUUAAAUGACUUUAAUCAAGUAAUCCAUCUAAAUCCAAAUGAUGCAAAAAUCUAUUUUAAUAGAGGUUACUGCUAUUGCACUUUAUAUGUUAGGUCUCUUAUACGAAAAAAUUGGUGAUAAAUUCAAAGCAUUAAAUGACUAUAAUCAAGCAAUCUAACAUGAUCCAAAUUAUGCAUUAGCCUAUUCUUAUAGAGGUAACUACAAUUAAUUUUAAUAUAUUAGGCAAAUUAUAUGAAAAUAUCGGUGAUAAAUCCAAAGCAUUAAAUGACUAUAAUAAUGGAAUUCAACUCGAUCCAAAUUUUCAAGCAGCCUAUAAUAACAGAGGUGAAUACUAUUACACUUAAUUUAUAAGGAAAUUUAUACUUACAACUUGGUGACCAAGAUAAAGCAUUAAAUGACUUUAAUCAAGCAAUCUAUCUAAAUCCAAAUGAUGCAACAACCUAUAAUAGUAGAGGUGAAUACUAUUACACUUAAUUUAUAAGGCUAUGUAUAUCAAGAUAUUGGCGACAACGAAAAAGCAUUAAGUGACUUUAAUCAAGCAAUCAAACUUGAUCCAAAUUAUGCAUUAGCCUAUAAUAACAGAGGUGAAUACUAUUUCACUUAUUAUAUUAGGCACUUUAUAUUACAAUAUUGGCGACAAAGAUAAAGCAUUAAAUGACUAUAAUCAAGCAAUCUAUCUAAAUCCAAAUGAUGCAACAACCUAUAAUAGUAGAGGUGAAUACUAUUACACUUAAUUUAUAAGGCUAUGUAUAUCAAGAUAUUGGCGACAACGAAAAAGCAUUAAGUGACUUUAAUCAAGCAAUCAAACUUGAUCCAAAUUAUGCAUUAGCCUAUAAUAACAGAGGUGAAUACUAUUUCACUUAUUAUAUUAGGCACUUUAUAUUACAAUAUUGGCGACAAAGAUAAAGCAUUAAAUGACUAUAAUCAAGCAAUCUAUCUAAAUCCAAAUGAUGCAACAACCUAUAAUAGUAGAGGUGAAUACUAUUACACUUAAUUUAUAAGGCUAUGUAUAUCAAGAUAUUGGCGACAACGAAAAAGCAUUAAGUGACUUUAAUCAAGCAAUCAAACUUGAUCCAAAUUAUGCAUUAGCCUAUAAUAACAGAGGUGAAUACUAUUUCACUUAUUAUAUUAGGCACUUUAUAUUACAAUAUUGGCGACAAAGAUAAAGCAUUAAAUGACUAUAAUCAAGCAAUCUAUCUAAAUCCAAAUGAUGCAACAACCUAUAAUAGUAGAGGUGAAUACUAUUACACUUAAUUUAUAAGGAAAUUUAUACUUACAACUUGGUGACCAAGAUAAAGCAUUAAAUGACUAUAAUCAAGCAAUCUAUCUAAAUCCAAAUGAUGCAACAACCUAUAAUAGUAGAGGUGAAUACUAUUACACUUAAUUUAUAAGGCUAUGUAUAUCAAGAUAUUGGCGACAACGAAAAAGCAUUAAGUGACUUUAAUCAAGCAAUCAAACUUGAUCCAAAUUAUGUAUUAGCCUAUAAUAACAGAGGUGAAUACUAUUUCACUUAUUAUUUUAGGCACUUUAUAUUACAAUAUUGGCGACAAAGAUAAAGCAUUAAGUGACUAUAAUCAAGCAAUCAAACUUGUUCCAAAUGAUGCAAAAACCUAUUUCAGUAGAGGUGAUUACUAUUACACUUAAUAUAUUAGGCACUUUAUAUUACAAUAUUGGCGACAAAGAUAAAGCAUUAAAUGACUUUAAUCAAGCAAUCUAUCUAAAUCCAAAUGAUGCAAUAAUCUUUUAUAAUAGAGGUUACUUCUAUUACACUUUAUAUGUUAGGUCUCCUAUACGAAAAAAUUGGUGAUAAAUUCAAAGCAUUAAAUGACUAUAAUCAAGCAAUCUAACAUGAUCCAAAUUAUGCAUUAGCCUAUUCUUAUAGAGGUAACUACAAUUAAUUUAAAUAUAUUAGGCAAAUUAUAUGAAAAUAUUGGUGAUAAAUCCAAAGCAUUAAAUGACUAUAAUCAAGCAAUCCGAUUAGAUCCAAAAAAUGAAUUAGCCUAUAUUAAUAGAGGUGAAUACUAAUACUUUUAAAUAAUAGGCUUUUUAUAUUAAGUUAUAGGUUUAAUUGAGAGAGCCUUAUUUGAUUAUCAUCAAGUUAUCCAACUUAAUCCAAAAUAUUCUCAAGCCUAUUUAAAUAGAGGUAAUUAUUAAUAAAAUUUUUAAAUUAGGCAAUAUUUAUAACAGUAUUUUAGAGAUUGAGAGGGCCAUAUAUGACUAUAAUCAGGCAAUUCAACUUGAUCCAAAAAAUCCAGAACCCUAUUCAAAUAGAGGUAAAUAUUAAUCAACAUAAUAUCUUAGGAAUAAUAUUUUUUAGUUUUGGUGAAAAAGAAUAAGCAUUAAAUGAUUUUAAUUAAGCAAUAAAACUUAAUCCAAUAGAUGCAAAAGCCUUUUUAAAUAGAGGUAAUUAAUAUUACAUAGUUAUAUUAGGAAAGUUAUAUAACAGUAUUGGUUAAAAUGAGAGAGCAUUAAAUGAUUACAAUAAAGCAAUCUUACUCGAUCCAAAAUGCAAAAAAGACUACUUCAUCAGGGGUACUUUAACAUAAUAUAUUUUAGGUAAUUUAUCAAAGAAUAUUGAGAAGAAAGAAAAACCAUAAAAUGACAUUAAUCAAGCAAUUCAACUUGAUUAAAAAGAUGCUAAUGCUUUCACUAAUAGAGGUGAAUAAUAUAAAUUAAUAUUUUAGGAUAUUUAAAUCAAGUUAUUGGUGAGAAUGAAAAAGCAUUAUCUGAUUAUAAUCAAGCAAUUCAACUUGACCCAAAGUAUGUAAAAGCCUAUUGCAAUAGAGGUCAAUAUAGUUACACAUAAAUAUUAGGCUAUUUAUAUCAAGUUAUUGGUCAGAAUGAGAAAGCCCUAUAUAAUUAUAAUCAAGCAAUCCAAAUUGAUCCAAAAGAUCCAACAGCAUAUAUGUAUAGAGGUAAGUAUUAUUUAACAUUUUAUAUUAGGCGUAUUAUAUAGUAAGAUUGGUUAGAAGGAAAAACUUCUAUCCGAUUAUUUACAAGCAUUAUCUCUCUCCCCUAAUCAUCCUUUAAUAUUAAUCAAUUUAGGUAAUUUUUAUCAUCUUGUAACUGACCAUGAUCAAUAAGCUCUAGAAUAUUUGCAAAAAGCAAAAAACUCCUUACAAAGUUUAAGUUUAUCUGAAAUUAAGAAGCUACUUUUAAGUGAAAAAAAUAUUUAUUACUUAAAAACUUAAAUUGAUAUCCUCAAAGAACUAAUAGAAUAAAUAUUGGAAUCUAAACGAAUAAUUUAGAAUUUACCUACUGUAAACUCAACUUAAAUGUAAAUAGUGCAAAAUUAUGAAAAAAAUUUUUAAGAAAUUAAAAAUGAAAUCAGCAUUAUUCUGUCAAUCCCUAUCACUCAAACAAUAAAGCCUAAAAUUUAAUUUGUUUAAAACAAGUAACUGAAUUAAAUAUUACAACAUGUUAAAAAAUUUAAAUAAGAGUUAUUACAAGUAAAACAAGAUUAUGCUAAGGCAAAAGGUGAAUAAGAAACAUAAUUGAACUAUAUAAAAGAAGAUCUAAAUUUGUUGAUUCAUCAAGAUAGAAAUUAUAUAUAAAUAUUAUUACGCGAAUUUAACAAACCUGAAAAUGUUCAUAAAAUAACUUAUUACCAAUCUUUAUUUUGGAGGCUUUAAAAUUUUUUAAAAGUUAUGUAAUAAAUCUCUACAGCUUUACUUUAAAUAAACCAAAAUGCUGUUAUUGAGUAUAACUCAGAAAAAGUAUUAAAUAUAGUUCAAAAUAUUUCGAUGAUUGGAUCAAUACCUUAAAUUGAAAAUGCCUUUUAAAUUAUAAAUGCUGCCCUAGAUCAUGCAAUUGAUUAAAGGAAUGUGAGUAAAUUUGAUACAAGAGUAAGAAUUCUAAAUUAAAUACUAAAAUGUUUUGCUGUUGAUCCAUAACAAUUAGAAAUUGAAGUGCAAAUGACAGCAAUUUCUUUGGGAAAUUAGCAAAAGCCUAAUGUAAAAUAAAGAAAAUAAACAACUUUUAGUUAAACAGUUGACGAGCUGCUUAUAAAAGAAAGUAGUAUUUCAGGUUUAUUUAAAGAUAUAUACUGGAUUUGUGGAAUAGAAGAUACUUUUAUUAUCUUAAGCUAUUUAGAAAAACACUAAUAAGAAAUAUUAUAGGUAUAAUAGAAAAAACUAAGGGAUAUAUUUGAGAAUGCUGUCAAAUCAUAUUAUUAUCUACCUUAAAAUUAAGCUGAAAAUGUGGAUACAGGUUGUUCAACAACAUGUUAAUUGAUUUGA